AUGCCCCCUCCGCCACGGCUGCCCACCUCCGCGAAAGCUCUCGUAGUGCGCAAGUCUGCGAACCCCACAAAGCCCGUGUUCCACGACGCGGUGAUCGAGACACGGCCCAUCCCCGCGCUGAAGCCUGGAGAGCUACUGGUCAAGGUCAACGCUGUAGCGUUCAACCACAGAGACUCGUGGAUCCGCAAGGGGCUGUAUCCUGGCAUUGGAUUUGGAAACCCGUUCGGGACGGACGGUGCCGGUAUUGUCGUCGCGGCAGCGGACGUGUCCGAUCCCCUGCUCAACAAGCGCGUCUUCUUCAACCCCACGCGGGGCUGGAUAUCCGACCCCGACGCCCCGGAGACAACGCGACCGUUCACUCACGCCAUGGGGGGCAGCGUGACCGCGGUUGGGGCGUCCGCGUUCACGGCAUUCGGCACGUUCGCCGAGUACGUCGUCGUCGAGCGCGAAGAGGUCCUCGAGACCCCGGCGCACCUCGACGACGUGCACGCUGCCGCGUGGCCGCUUGGAGGCCUCACUGCGUGGAGGGCAACGAUGAUCAACGGCGGCGUGGUGUCCGGGGACAACGUGCUCAUAACGGGAGUCGGCGGCGGCGUCGCGCUGCUCGCCAUGCAGCUCUGCGUCGCCCGCGGCGCAAACGUCUACGUGACGAGCGGGAGCCCGGAGAAGAUCCGUCAAGCGGUCGAGCUCGGCGCGAAGGGCGGGGUGAGCUACAAAGACAACGGCUGGCCCACACACCUCCGGAAGCUGCUCGACCAGCACGGCGGCGGCCUGCUCAGCACCGUGAUCGACUCCGCCGGCGGCGACAUCAUGACCAAGACCUCGCCCCUGCUCAAGCAAGGCGGUCGCGUCGUCGUCUACGGCAUGCACGCGCACCCGGCGGUGACGAUGACGAUGCGCGAGGUGAUGCGGAACCAGCGGAUGCUCGGCUCGACGAUGGGCUCCCGCGCGGACAUGCGCGCCGCGACCGCCUUCCUCGCCGCGCACCGGCUCGUCCCCGCCGUCUCGCACGUGCUCGACGGGCUCGAGGCUGCCCGCGAAGGCUUCGACCUCCUCGAGCGCGGCGAGCAGUUUGGCAAGAUCGUGCUCAGGAUCGGGCGCGGCGCGGACGAAGCGAAGGCGAUGUUGUAG